AUGCUUUCUUUCUCUCUCUCUCUCUCUCUCUCUCUCUCUCUCUCUCUCUCUGUCCUUCCCCCCUCUCUCUCGACUGCUUGUCAACUCGCUUCACCCAGCUCCAAUCGACUUCAACAUUCGAUUUUGACUUGCGUCAGCCGUUCUAUGGCCGCACUCAACAACAGUCUGCCAUCAUCUCGCCCUCCUUUAAACAGCAACACUUCUUUUUCUUCUUCCUCAAAGAAGUGGACAACCUCUCCACCACAGUUCUAUUACUCUGCAGACCAAAACAACGGCACAAACACAGACAAGGGCAGCAUUGUUCACCAAGCAAAAGUGGAGACUGUACAAUCUUCAGAGCAUUAUGAUUCUAAAAAUACUAAAAAGCAAGGUCUCUCAAUGUUUAGGUAUUUCACAUCCGAGCUUACAAGAGGCUAUCUACCGGAGAAAGACCAAAAGAAUUUUACAGAGAAGAGGAAACGAAUCUAUACAUUUAUUCAAGUCCCACUUCAGUUGGAACAAUUUAUAAUCUAUGGCUUCUUCCAGUGUGUUGAUGCGUUCUUAUUCAUUUUUACGUUCCUUCCCUUGCGAAUAUGCUUGGCUCUAAUCAAGCUGCUCACACAUCCAUGUGGUUUUUUCAUGUAUGGUUCCAGAAAAAUACUGGAGCCUGCCCAAACCUGUGACAUUCUAAAAGGCAUCAUAAUUGUGAUAAGUUGCUGUAUCCUCAGUUACCUGGAUAUCUCGAUGAUGUACCACAUCAUUCGUGGCCAAGCAGUUCUUAAACUCUACGUUUUCUAUAACAUCGUUGAGCUUGCUGAUAAGCUCUUUAUUGGAAUUGGUCAAGAUUUCUUAGAUUCCUUAUUUUGGAGUGCUACAGAGCCUCGAGGUCGAAAAAGAGAACAUAUUGGAGUUGUGGGUCAUCUUCUUUUGGCCAUUAUUUAUGUCAUUCUCCACAGUAUUUUGAUUUUAGUGCAGGCCACCAUCUUGAAUGUUGCCUUUAAUUCUCACAACAAAUCGCUUCUUAUCAUCAUGAUGUCUAAUAAUUUUGUUGAGAUAAAGAUAAAUGUUUUUAAAAGAGUCGACAAAAAGAAUUUGUUCCAGAUCUCAUGCAGUGAUGCCAGAGAAAGGUUCCAGUAUAUAAUUCUAUUAUUUGUUGUCUUUGUACGCAACAUGGCAGAAUUUUCUUGGAAUCCUGAUCACAUUGCUGUCAUCCUUCCUGAUGCUGUCAUGAUUUUGAUUGCUGAGGUUAUUGUGGAUUGGUUGAAACAUGCUUUCAUUACAAAAUUCAAUGAAAUUUCACAAGAGGUUUAUGCUGACUAUUCUCUCAGUCUGGCCCAAGACAUGAUUUCUAGUCGUCAAACACAUGCUUUUACUGACCAUUCCGAUUUGCUCUCUCGAAGAAUGGGUUUUACUCCUCUUCCUUUGGCCUGUAUUCUUUACCAAGUCUGUGUCCGCUCCUUCAAGGUACAUGGCUAUGUCGGCUUUGCUGUGCUUGUCAUGGUGUACCUUUGUUUGAUGUCCACCAAAGUUCUGAAUACAAUGCUUCUGCUGGGACGAGCAAAUAAAUUGAUCUACGGAUGCAGCACUUCCUCAUCUUCUUCUUCAACUACCUCCGCUCCUCCUGGGGCGGAGGGGCCAGAGCCUGGUCACAGACCUCCUCCAGCCAGCAGCAGUAGCAGCAUGACUUCGACUCCAACAGCAGACUCUAACCUCAGACAUCGAACAGCUCCCUUCAAAGUCAGCACUCCAUCCACGGGGACUUGUCCCUUUGCUGUAACACCCUCCACUCCUCCUCCCACUCCGACUCAAGCAUGUGAACCUUUUCUCAACACUAUCUCAACUGCAACCGUCUCUGCUGCUUCAACAAAAUCUUUGGCAACAGAGACAGGCAGUCGAUGUAGCAGUUUCAUAUCCAGCAACCGACACUGGGAGGAUGAAAUUUCUGUUGCCGCUCUACCCUCUGCCACAGAUGCCACCUCAGCAGCUGGUGAAGCGUCAGCAAAUGAACUUGCAACAAAACUGUCUUUCUUAAAACCAGGCUCACCAUUUGUCAUUGAACAUCAACCCUUGCCCUCAACGGACUGUGAUUCGCAGAUGUCUUCAAAAAUUGUAGACACAGCAGUGAGUUUGGGUCAGAAAGACUAUUUGUCACGGUCAGAUUUGGAAGUGAGCAACAAUGUGGACAGUUUAGAUGAUCUAGAAAAACCUUUGACACUAUGA